AUGGCCAACCGUCCCAAAGAUCACGACUCCAAAGUCCUCACCAUCGCCGAUCUGGCCAUUGAGGCCCAGAAACGGCUUCCUCCGGUCGUGCGCGACUACUUCAACGAAGGCGCCGGCGACCUCAUCACUCUAAAAGACAACGAAGCAGCCUACAACCGAUACAAACUACUCCCUCGCGUCCUUCGCGACGUAGAUGCCCUCGACACUAGCACCACCAUUUUCGGCAAGAAAGUGAAAUUCCCCCUCGGCUUUGCCCCGGCUGCCGCGCACAAACUCGCUCAUGCAGAUGGCGAAGUAGGCACCUCGCGUGCAGCUGCAGCGCACGAUAUCCCCAUGUGCUUGUCCUCGUGGGCAACAACAGGCAUCGAUGAUGUGAUUGCCCAGGGGACGGGGAAUCCGUAUGCCAUGCAGGUAUCGUUCUUCAGGGAUGUAGAGAUUACGAGGAGGAUUAUUCAGAAGGCAGAAAAGGCCGGAUACAAAGCAUUGUUCGUGAGCGUGGAUCUCCCUGUACUAGGGAACAGAUUGAACGAGUCUCGGAAUAACUUCAAUUUCCCGAGAGAUAUGCGGUUUCCAGUACUGGCAGAGGGAAUUGAAGAGUUGGGGUUGAAGGACACGUAUGAGCGUGGCUACGAUGGCUCUAUUCGCUGGGACAAGACGAUCGCCUGGCUACGACAAAACACGAAGCUCGAAAUCUGGCUCAAGGGUGUCUACUCCCCGGAAGACAUCCAACUAGCCAUCGACCACAAAGUCGACGGCGUUGUCAUCUCCAAUCACGGCGGUCGUCAACUCGACGGUGUCCCCGCCACCCUGGACGCACUGCGCAUCUGCGCGCCCGUAGCAAAAGGGAAGAUCCCUCUAGCAGUGGACGGGGGCAUUCGACGGGGAGCAGACGUGUUCAAAGCCAUUGCGCUGGGAGCGUCGAUGUGUUUUGUAGGGAGGAUUCCGAUCUGGGGAUUAGCGUAUAACGGCGAGAAAGGCGUCGAUCUAGCGGUCAAGAUCCUCUACGACGAGUUCUGUCGCACAAUGAAGCUAGCUGGGUGUCGAACUAUAGCAGAUAUCACGCCGGAGCACUUGGCGGUAUUGGAGACGAAUGGGUUAUUGGCGAAGCUAUAA